AUGAGUUGGAGAAAGCCAUGCUUUUAUUUAGGAGAUAAAAGUAGUGUUUUCUUUAAGCGUGCACUGAGUUGGGCAGGCUGCCCUCUCUUGCUUUUCCCCACACUCCUUCACUACUUCCCGCUUGCUGGGGAGCUCACCUACCUCCUCUACUCGGGUAACGUAGUCAUCGACUGCUCCCCUGCCGCCAACGGCCCCGGCGUCGCCUUCCUCGAGGCGGAGGCAGAAGGCGACCUCGGCUUCCUCGCCAACGCCGAAGUCCAUGACCACAGCGCCUUCCUCCGCCUCGUGCCGGAGCUCGACGUGAGGGAACUCCCCGCGCCGUUGUUCGCCGUGCAGGUGACGAGGUUCUGUGGGCCCCAGGGGGUGGAUAGCGUGGCAGUGGGGUUUGCCGCUCACCCCGCGGUGGUGGAUGGUCGGGCCCUCUGGAGGUUCGUGGAGGCGUGGACGGCGGAGUGCCGUGGGGAUGCGGACCUGCCGCCGCCGACGAUAGAACGGGCGGUUAUCGGACGCCCGAGGAGCCAGGGGAUUCUUGCAUCAGGCGGCGCCCUACGACGGAGGGGGUCAAUGUCGAUGUGGAUGAAGCCUGGGUUGGACGCGUUCGCUGCAGUGCCGAAGGAGGCUGGUGGGUCAAUUCUGAAGCUUUUGGAGUCUGCCGAGAGUGGAGUGGAGAACAACAGGGAAGUGUGCAGCUAAUUGAUAAUAGAAGAUUGGAGAGCUUUCCGUUGUUGUGCAUAAGACAACGAUCUUGGAGUCUUCUUACAAGCAGCUACUGAGAUCGGUCUGGGUUCAUAUUUAGAGAUGAUUGAGUUUCCAGUAUCAUUGGGAUUCAACCCACGCACGGUCUUCGAAUGAGUGGUGCGUCCGAAGAACCCCUCUGUGCUGUGGGGAAAGAGAUGGAUUCCUCGAGUCACCCCCAACACGCUGCUGCCCGCCAACCAUUCG